AUCCUGUAGCUGCAGCCUUCCUGUUUACGGGCGGGAAGAGCGAACAGAGCGACCGACACAACGCUAGUGUUUUGUAUAUCAGCUUAUUAUUGGCUACUCGUCCGUGAAUGUUCAUCGGAAAACCCUCUACUUGCACUUAUAUGACAGGCGAAGCUGUGCGAAAAUCAAAUGGUAUUUUACCUGCACCAUUACUACUACACGUUGACGGGAUUUUAAGAGUGCCAAACAGAUGGAGGACCCCGCGGAUUCUGGCGGCGGCUCCGCGGCAGAGGGCCCCGUGGUGCAGGUGGCAGACAUCCGCUGGCCCAUCGGAGCUCUGCCUCUGCGUCUGCUAGAGUGGAAAGUCAAACCCGGGUCUCGCGUCAACGUGGACUCGGUGCUGGCCUUAUGUGCUCCGAUCUCCUCGGCGGUAGAGAGCGGUCUGAAGCCCCAGAAACAUGUCAACAGGCUCCCGGAGAAGAAGGUGAAGUCGGACCGCGCCGGAGUGAUCAGGGAGCUUUGCUGUCAGCUCGGGCAGGUCAUACCCCCUGGGGGUAUCAUCGUCCGAAUUGAAGAAUGCAGCCAUCCUAUAGUGAUGAAAGGACUUUGUGCUGAAUGUGGACAGGAUUUGACACAGCUCCAGGGCACUAAUGGGAAUCUGCAAGUGCCCUUCUCCACGGCAACGGUCUCCAUGGUGCACAGCGUGCCUGAGUUGAUGGUCAGCUCAGAGCAAGCAGAGCAGCUGGGCCGAGAGGACCACACAAGGCUGCACCGCAACAGAAAGCUGGUGCUCAUGGUGGACCUGGAUCAGACGCUGAUACACACCACAGAGCAGCACUGCCCACGCAUGUCCAACAAGGGGAUCUUCCACUUCCAGCUGGGUCGAGGCGACCCCAUGCUCCACACACGGCUGCGUCCGCACUGCAAGGAGUUCCUGGAGAAGAUAGCCAAGCUGUACGAGCUGCAUGUGUUCACGUUCGGAAGCCGUCCCUAUGCACAUACUAUUGCAGGUUUUUUGGACCCUGAAAAGAAACUCUUUUCCCACCGCAUCCUCUCCAGGGACGAAUGCAUCGAUCCUUUCUCCAAGACGGGGAAUCUAAGCAACCUCUUCCCGUGCGGGGACUCCAUGGUGUGCAUCAUCGACGACCGCGAGGACGUGUGGAAGUUUGCACCCAACCUCAUCACUGUGAAGAAGUACAUCUACUUCCAAGGCACCGGCGACAUCAACGCUCCCCCCGGCUCCCGCGAGGCCAAGAAGGCGAGCCGGCCUGCUGAGAGCCCUGAACCCACGGGGACAUCGGGGGCUGAGGAGCAGAACAACGGCUUCAAAAGGAGAGGGAGGGAGAACGCCAACACCAACACCAACGUCAACAACGGAGGCAAGGAGGAGCCCAACGCACUUUCAUCCACUCAGGAAACGCCAGCGGAAACGCAAAGGACACACGCCACCGGGGAGGGGAAGGACGAACAGGAGCAGGACCCAGAGCCGGGGCAACAGGGGGAGUCCAGGCUGACGCAGGCGGAGGGUACAGGGAAGGGGACGGGUGUCGGCGCCCAGGGGGGAAGCACCGGGACAACGGGCUCGGCGGAGGGGGACGGCCCCGAGCAGCCUUCCCCGGCGGAGGCCCCCGCAGGCAACAACCUGGACUUUGACCUGUCCAGCGACAGUGACGGCGAGUCCGUCACGGAGAAGCCCCCCAGCUCGACGGCGGAUAGCGUAGCCGGCGGCGACCCCAAGACGAGUCCGUCGGGGGUUCGCGAUCAGCAGGAGGCCGGCCUCACGCAGAACCCCGAGUGUGGGGACGGGCCGGAGGGAGACGGGGGUAAACGGAGGGAGGAAGGAGACGCCGUUAAAGGGAAGGUUGAAGUCGUCGCCAGCGCCGCCGCCGCCACCGCCGCAGAAGAAGAAGAAGAAGAAAGUAAAGAGGCGGACGCUGCGGGGAACAGCGCGACACCCGCGGCGGAGCCUCCUCCGGUGGGCCCCCCGGGCACCGAGGACCUGGGCAACGGCUGCUCGGACAAGAGGGAGCCGGAGACGGAGUCCCAGAACAGCGAGCUCUCCGGGGUCACUGCCGGCGAGGAGCUGCUGGAGCAGAGCAUGGAGGAGGAAGAGGAGGAGGAGGAGGAGGCGGACCCCGACCAGGACGACCACCUCAUCUACCUGGAGGAGGUGCUGCAGAGGAUCCACGCAGAGUACUACGCCCGCUACGAGGUCUACCAGAGGAAGGAGGCCCCGGAGAUGCCCGACGUCCGGCGGAUCGUGCCGGAGCUGAAGGGCAAGGUGCUGGAGGGGGCCACCAUCGUGUUCAGCGGCCUGUACCCCACCAACUACCCCAUGGAGAGGACUCGCGAGUACUACCACGCCAAGGUGCUCGGGGCCAAGAUCGGCCGGGGCCUGGAGCUCAACGCAGAGGACCCCUGUCGGACCACGCACCUCAUCGCAGCCAGAGCCGGCACUGAGAAAGUACGUCAGGCACUGGGCUGCAAACACCUCCACAUCACCAGUCCCGAUUGGCUGUGGUGUUGUCUGGAGCGCUGGGAGAAAGUCGAGGAGCAGCUGUACCCUUUGAAGGAGGAACACUCCAAGACCCCCCGGAGCAACAGCCCGGCCAUGCUGCCCGACCCCCAUGGGAUGUUCCAUCACCCCGUCUUCCACCCCGCUCACCUCCACCAAAGACCCCCGCCCCCGGCCCCCGAGGUGCGCAUCUACGACCCGGUGACGGGGAAGCUGAUCCGGCGGGGCCAGCACGGCCAGCAGCCGCCCCCCUACCUCCAGGCCCCGGGGUCGAUGUCGCAGCCGGACCACCGGAACACGGCCCCCCCCAGGGUUGGUCAGACGUCAGCGACGUCCGAUGACGAGCAGCCCGGCCCGUCCAGAAGGAAGCGCGGGCCCAGCAUGUCUGACUCCAUGCCGCUCUACAUGCUCUGCAAGGAGGACCUGGACAGCAUGGACAAAGAGGUGGAUGACAUCCUAGGGGAGGAGAGCGACAACGAGAGUGAGGGGCAAGGCAAGGAGAGGCCAGGGGAGGAAGAGGUGGAGAAUGAUGAUGAUGAAGAGGAUGAGGAUCAGCAGCAGCAGCAGCAUCAUCAGCAGCUAGGAGCGGGGGCGAGCACGGGCGGAGAGCACACUGCUCCGUCACUGGCCGUCGCCAAGCACACGGGACUCCAGACCCCAGGCAAGGAGGCCUGUUUGACGAGUAGUGUACAAAGGGGUCACAAGCGCAAGCUGGACGAGGCCCAGGAGGAGGAGCGGGGUGAGGAUGAGGAGGACAGUAAGGAUGAGCAGGGCGGGGCCAGCGGCUCGCCCUCCAAACAGGAAGACCCACCCGUCGACCAAGACACCGAUAACGAAGACGACGAGGAAGAGGAGGGCAGCAGCUCAGAAGCGGACGAGAUGGCCGCGGCCUUGGACCUCGAACUAAAUGACUUCAUGUGACCCGGGGGCGGAGUCGGGACUGAAACGCCCCGAGGGGCGGAGUCGGGACUGAAACGCCCCGAGGGGCGGAGUCGGGACUGAAACGCCCCGAGGGGCGGAGUCGGGACUUAAACGCCCCGAGGGGCGGAGUCGGGACUGAAACACCCCGAGGGGCCCCCUACAAACCCUUAAAUUUCCCAAAAAUCUAUUUUUUUUACGUAUUUCAUUCGCUUUUGUAAUGUGUGUGUGUGUGUGUGUGUGUGUGUGUGUGUGUGUGUGUGUGUGUGUGUGUGUGUGUGUGUGUGUGUGUGUGUGUGUGUGUGUGUGUGUGUGUGUGUGUGUGUGUGUGUGUGUGUGUGUGAGUGACGAACGGGCACUGCCGUAAGCAUUUGAUGCACUGUACAGAAGGUAGCUUGUGUGUUUCCGUGUAAAUAAGUACCUUCCAGAUGUUUGUUUUUUAUUGGGGUAGAUACGGCUGCUUUGAUGGGGUUGGAAAAUAAAAUUGACAUUUUAUUGUGACAUUUGAUACAUUUUGAUUUCACUUGAAUUAGACUUUUUACUAUUUCGUUUUUCUUUAUAUAAAUAUAUAUAAAUGAGUGAAAAGAUCAAUAAAAUGGGGUAAGAAAAAUAUUUGUCAUUUCGAUUUCUGUCCAUUCGAAGAGUUUGGAAUCGGAAUCUUCCCGGAUCAAAAUAAUAACCAGCGAUUUGUGUUGGAAUCCAUUUAAUUUGGUCUGUUCUUGGUCAUUAAUGUUUGUCAGUUUUCCAUUUAUCAUCGGUUCACUUGCAAAUAUACUGACCUUUUGACCUUGUUCUAACCUUUAUAGGAAGACAAGGCUUUGUUUUUUAUAAAAAUGUUACCCCCCAGCUGGCUGUUUGCCCUCGGCCAUUGGUUCUCAAACUGGUAUGCAUGCGUAAUUUAUUGGUACCUCCAAAAGUGUAUUACAUUUAUUAAAGAACAAUAUCGAAAUACUAGCAUUAAUGGAAAUAAAUUAACCAUGAGGUCAUUAAAUGGGGUUUAAAAUAAGUUGGAGGAAUAAAUGUGUCUCCUGAGUGAGCUCUGUGUGGCUGAAUAGGGCAUAGGGCCAACGCUCCUGUAUUUUGUCACUUUAUAACAUCGGUCAUAAUGGUGGGACUUGGAGACAAGUAUUUUGAGGUGGGACAUGGUAUGAGAGGUUUGAGAACCACUGCCCCUGGCUAAGCACAAAUAGGUCAUGACAUGCCAAGAUAUGAAUGAUGCCAUCCUUCAAAAAAAAAUUUUGUUGUACGUUGUUGACAAUUGGUUCGUUUGUGUGAUCAUGCUUCAUUACAAGUCAUGGCAUGGUCUUCAAGGCAGGUGCUGCUCAAAUUUUAAUUUUCAAUCCAAAUACAUUUUGGUGGGAGAGACCAUUAAUUUAUGCCAUGGAGUCCUUUGCUAAACGCGUAUUGGUCCACCUGUAGCUCAAUAUUUUGUUGUGCUGUCUGAAAUGCUAGUGUUCACUAUACCAUACUCUUCUUGAUAACCACAAUGCACCAUAUAAUAAGUGUACAAAGGAUGUUCACAUAUUUCUCACUAUAGUCUAUUAUAUGAUGCAAAGCCGUUUUCAUUGCAUUCACUUUUACAUUUAGGGCAUUUAGCAGACGCUUUUAUCCAAAGCGACUUUCAAUAAGUACAUUUGUCUUGUCAUUUCCAUGGAGUUCAUCUAAUGGAGGUGUGGAGGCGACCGCUAACACGUCUGCUACUUUAUGUGACCAAUACACGGCACGCCAAUAGAUUUACGCUCCAUAAUUAAUUUGCUCCAUAAUUGAGUUCCCCCACACUUGUUCCCUUAACAGUGUAUUAUCUAGUGCUCACACAGAAUGUGUCUGAUUUUAAUCUGAUGUUUGAGUAUGGUAUUGCAAGCCCUGGACUUAGUGUAUGACAUCCUUCUCAUCGGUAAUUUGUGCAUAUGGUCUUAUUUUUUAACAUUCCAAGAAUCCAUGGCGAUUUAAUGUCUUGUUUCAUAUGCAUCUAGGUUAUAUUCCAACAUAUUGCCAUUAACCUAAAUUGUAGAAAAGGAUAGACAAUCCAAAGGUGAAGUCUAUGCUCCAGGUUGCAGCCAUUUCAUAAUCCAACACAGUCACCCUUGCCUUUGACUUCACCAUUUUACCAGCAUCCACCAACAUUUACAAUUACAAUUUUGUCAGUUCUCUUCUGUCAUAUGUUUCACUCGAGAACAUAUCAAAUAUGUGGAAAUGUAUUUCCUAUGUCAACUAGAGAAAGAGAAUAGUUUUCCAUUGAAUAAAAAUAUGUUUAUGAUGCGCUUUAAUUGUGUUGAAAAGUGUUGUCCUUCCGAUCGGCCGAAUCUUUCUGACUCAUUAACAUUACUACGCCCCAGCGCCAUAUUUGCGAUGAUGCUCAUCAAAUGAUACAGUUUGAACCUUUUCAUCAUCAUAAAC